AUGUUGGUGACCGACAUUGAGGAUCUUGGCGUCAGUGAAUCGCCAGUGAACAUCAGCAAUAACCUUGUCGUUUUGGAAGGUGGCGAGAAUAUCCCCCAGAGCAGCAUCUUUGACUUAAAGACACGAUCGAUCUCGCAAUUCGUCCUCGCCUACCAUGAAAAGGGGCUUUUCCGACAAAGAGACAUAGAGAUCAAGGAUGUCAAAUCUGAUAUCGAAAAAUGGCAAGAUCAGAACCAGCCAUCUCUCAAUCGCCUCGCUGCCCUCUUUCGCAUCAUCAUUGAAAACACUCAGACAUCCAACGAUGGCAAGUUGGAGCUAGUCUGGUCUAAAGACGGCUCUCUCGAGGUUCGAAAACAAUUGCCAGACGCGGGAGACGUCUUGUCAGAGCCAGUAAAGAAGCAAUGGGAGGCUUGGCUGGGAGUGGAGAAUGAGGAGAAGGCCGAUCCUGGAAAAUCGGGGAGUUGGGAAGAGUUCAUGGCAACACUUUCAGACAGCGAUGACCAGAGUGAUUACGCUGCGUGUGAUGCCGAGUGCGGUUAUUGCGGAAAGUGCGUGUAG